AGCAAAGCAUGGGUGGGUGUUUGUCGAAGAAGAAGGACAAGGACGUGGCGGCCAGCCAGCCCCAUACCGCCUGGGACGACGACAAUCCCAAACUGUCCGGCCCCAACACGCGCUCCCCCUCGAGGGCGGAAGGCGACAGUCCCGGGCCUCUUAAGGCCAAGGCGCUGUCAAGCGCGUCGCUCCGCAGUGACAAGGGCGAGCAUCCCCACACGGCCCAACAGACACACACGCCUGUGCAGCGGCAGAAGUCGGUGCGGGCCAUCAAGUGGGACGCCUUCUCGUUUGAGAAGAUAGCCAGCAACCUGGCGGAGAAGGGAUUCGAGCCGCUCGUCAACAAAGAGCACAAGGUAGGCGCCAGAUUGCCGUUGGGUGAGAAACAGGCAGGCAUUCCCCUCCUGUCUGUCUGUCUGUCUGUCUGUCUGAGUCAUGUAGGUGUUUCGUGUGAAGCAGUACCGUCGGCUGUGGUGGAACGACAUGUACGAGAUAUGGCUCAUGAACUUCUUCGACAUGCAGUGGAGCGCCAUCCGCAUCAUCCCACCGCCGACCGUCGAGGCCGAGCACAGGAGGCAGCCCACAUGGCGCCUCAAGAGGGCGAGGAGCAGUCAAGACAUCAGGGCGGGCGGGAGAAGCACCGAGAGGAGCCAGCUGCUGGCGGGGCAGUACCAUGUCUUCAACAGGAAGUUCUGCUUCAACAACGCGGCGCUGAGGAAUGAAGUCGUCACCAAGGCCACGCAGAGUGAGUGAGACACAUCUAAUGAAUGACGGAAGGACAAUAGACAGACACACGCACAGACAGAGACGGAGGGAGGGAGAGAAGAGUGUGUGUCUGGCUGGCUGUGUGUGCUUUGUUCAGAGCUGACAAUGGUCAUCUGCAACACGAGGACAUCUGUAAGUGACAUGAUAAAUGAAUGACAGAGAGGACAGCUGCAGCGACUAUGUGUGUCCCCUGUGUCGUGUUCUGUGUGUAGGAGUGUUGGGCGUGUGCAGAGAUGCCGCUGGAUCUGACCCUGGAGCUUGAGACACUGGAUCUCAUGAAACCUGAAAACGCUGAAGUCAGAACGUGAGACACACACACACACACACAGACAGAGAGAGAGAGAGAGAGGACAACACAAUCCUAAUCCAUUCAUCUCUUCCUCUAUGUUUCGCUCACAGCCGCGUGCCAUGGCUGGAAAUGCAGCUUGUCGACCCGAUGAAACAGAUGGUACGCAGCCAGCCAGGCAGCCAGGCAGAAGCACCAGCAGAGACGUGGCUGUGCAUCGUUGUCAUGAUGUGUGCAGGAGAAUGAGAUGAAGGCCGGUCACGGCGUCAUGACGACUAGUGGUGGUGGCGGCCACAGCCCCAUCGGGUCGCCAAGGGGCAGCACCAAGAAGCGAUCCAUCCCACACAAGGCAACCAACACAACACACAAUCACAGGAAACACAGCAAGGGACGCCGCUUAUGUGUUCCUCUGUGUCUCUCUCUGGGUCUGUCUCUCUCAGAGCAAGUCGGCAAAGAUGACCUCCGUGGUGCCUGAGUGAAUCAAUGAACGAAGCUCAGACGUGGGAGGCUGGGCGGGAGAGGAAGCGGGAGCUGCCCUCACCACCACGGAUGACUGGCAACCUCCUUCUACUUUGCUCCUGGUUUUUCGGUCGCGUCUGCGAGUCAUGGG